AUGCGCAGACAGGUGUUCUAUGUUACGUUCAUUCACGUUGAGCAAUCUUUGGUUGUGCUUUUGCUACUGUCACUUUGCUCAAACUCCUUUCUUUCUAUUCUCUAUGUUGCAUGCUGCGCGAACAUGGGGCUGAUCACCGGAGUUAUUGCUUUCUUUUACCACUUACCUCAAAUAUACAAAUGGCUCUUCAAGCCUUAUUACAUAUUGUCUACAUUGAUGUCCACUGCAUUCCUCAUACUUAGGAAGUGUCCGGGACUUUGCGAAAACCUGAACACUGAACGGGAGGACCGGAACCCAUGCGACUUUGACUGGAGAGAAGUGGAGAUUCUUAUGUUUCUCGGUGCGAUUGUCAUGAUGAAGAACAGGAGAGCCAUCACCAUAGAGCAGCAUGCAGGGAACCUGUUUAUGUUCAGUAAGGUGGCCAACGUCAUCCUCUUCUUCAGGCUGGACAUCAGACUGGGCAUCCUCUACUUCCUACUGUGUAUUGCAUUCGUCAUGACCUGCAAACCACCACUCUACAUGGGCCCAGAGUACAUCAAGUACUUCAGUGAAAAGACCAUAGAUGAGGAGUUGAAUCAUGAUAGUUGCGUGACGUGGAUCGUUGAGUUCUAUGCUAACUGGGCUCCUGAGUGUCAGUCCUUCGCCCCCGUCUUUGCUGACCUCUCCCUCAAGUAUAACUGUACUGGACUGCGGUUUGGGAAGAUAGAUGCUGGCCGGUACGGAGAGGUGGUUCAGAGGUACAAGGUUAGCACCUCCCCUCUGGCCAAGCAGCUCCCUUCAUUGGUGCUUUUCCAGUCAGGGCGGGAGGUCAUGAGACGUCCAAUGGUGGACAAUAAGUUUCGAGCUGUGUCCUGGACUUUCAGCGAGGAAAACAUCAUACGUGAGUUCAACCUGAACGAGCUCUUCGAGGCAUCUAAGAAGAUAAAGAAGGGUCGCGGUGUGAAAGGAGAGGACCAGAACUCCUCACUACCAGACGAGGGCAGCGAAGAGCGCCAACCUGAACCAGACACCCCAGCAGAGAGCAAGAAAGACCAGUAGUGACGAAGGGACAACAGGGACUGGAUUGUUCUACUGCACACAGUUCACUGCUCGUCACACAAUCGCUGUCAGUUAUCACUGGUUGCAUUACCAGACGACCAGGAUUCAAGUUAAUUCAUGAGCUUGGGCUUGUGGAAAAGCUGCUGCACGCAAACCAAAAGGGACCGAAUGAGCUACACUACAUGACCAAAAGUAUGUGGACACCCACUCGUUGAAAAAUCUCAUUCCAAAGUCAUGGGCAUUAAAAUUGGAGUUGGUCCCCACUUUGCUG